AUGGUUGGAAAUAAGACAUGGUUUGGAGGGCUCUUCAACAGCUCAGGCAAAAGGCGACAAGUCAGUGCAGAGAAGUUAGUGCUUGAUCUGACCCCUCUUCAGGAACAGAGAUUGCAAAAAUUGAAGGAAAGGCUAAAUGUACCUUAUGAUGAAACUCGGCCAGAACAUCAGGAAUCACUUAGGGCUCUUUGGAAUGCCUCCUUUCCUCACUACCGGAAACCCUAUUUGCCUGAUACAGAGCUAAAUAGCUUAGUUUCAGCACAGUGGAAAGAUAUGGGGUGGCAGGGCGUGAACCCAGCGACUGAUUUCAGGGGCUGUGGAUUUAUUUCACUUGAGAACCUUUUGUUUUUCGCAACAACAUAUCCGGCUCCUUUCAAGAGGUUAAUGCUGAAGCAGCAAGGAAUGCGAGCUGUGUGGGAGUACCCCUUUGCGGUUGCCGGUAUAAACAUCUCAUACAUGCUGAUUCAGAUGCUGGAGCUCAACUCAGCACGGCCGAAAUCUUUGCCGGGGAUUAACUUUAUCAAAGUGUUGACUGAUCACGAGGAUGCAUUCGACGUGCUCUACUGCAUCUCUUUCGAGAUGAUGGAUGCUCAGUGGCUAGCGAUGCGAGCGUCAUAUCGUAUAUGCAGUUCAAAGUAA